AUGUUUAAUUCCGGAAUGAACGAUGCCCCUUUAGAAUUUUUGAAAAAUAAGUGUGCUAAAUCUGCUGAGGAUAAAGAUGAUUCAAGCCAAAGCCCUUCCGAUAAGAGGUCUAGAACAAGUAGUCGUAGUAAUAGAGAUAGAAGAGAUACAGAUAAAUCUGUUGAUUCAGAUUCUAACAUAUCUUCACAAGAUGUAGUCCCAAUACCACAGAAUGGUCCUGGGAUAGGACCCCCAAAUAUGUGGGCAGGCAUGAUGGGUAUGGGAUAUCCUAUGGUCGGUAUGAAUAUGAUUAUGGAUCCAAAUUUAAUGCAAAUGAACAACUAUGGCAUGAUUCCACCAAUGUUAGCUCCAGAUCCGGCUAUUCUUCCUCCAGAUUCUACAAUGAUGAUUAAUCCAGUAAAAGAAAUAAUCCACUGCAAAUCUUGCACUUUAUUCCCCCCAAAUCCCAAUGCUCCUAUGCCUUCCAUAAGGGAUAGACCUCCGGGAUGCCGUACAGUUUUUGUUGGAGGCUUACCUGAAAAUAUGACUGAAGAAAUUAUAAUGGAGAUUUUUGAAAGGUGUGGAGAAAUUACAACUUUAAGACUAAGCAAGAAAAAUUUUUGCCAUUUAAGAUUUGUGUAUGAAGCUUCUGUGGAUGCAGCAAUUUUUUUGUCUGGAUAUAGAGUUCGAAUUGGGUCUAAUAGUGAACCAGCUAAUACAGGCAGACUGCAUGUUGAUUAUGCUCAGGCCAGGGAUGAUCAAUAUGAGUGGGAAUGUCGACAAAGGCAAUUGCAAAGAGAACAACGUCAUCGUGAGAGAAUGGAAGAGGAGAGAUUGAGACCACCUUCACCACCACCUGUCGUUCAUUAUACCGAUCACGAAGCCACAUCUGUUUCUGAAAAAAUUAAGCAAGAUGAAACAUUCACCAAAGCAGUUCAAAUAGUCAUAACCUGGUUGGAGAGAGGCGAUUGCAAUAAGAGAAAUUCAAACAGUUUUUACUCGAUGAUCCAGUCUACAAAUUCCCAUGUAAGAAGAUUGCUUAGCGAGAAGGGUCAAUAUGAAGAGGAACUGAGGAAGGCCAAGGAAAUAAUGAGAGGAAGAAUGCAGGGCAUAUUGUUGCAAUUCGGUCAAAUUGAGCGAUUGUUCUCAGCGGCGUGUCACAAGAAAGUAUGGGACCAUUUCACCAAGGCUCAGAGAAAGAACAUAGAGACUUGGAAAAGGCAGUCAUUGGAUAUAAAAAAUAUUCAACUUGAAGAAAUACCCAAAGAACGAGACGAUGAUGAAAUGGAUGUCUCGGAUGAUGAUGAACCAUCGAAAAAGAAGCAAAAGACUGAUUUAAUUCCAGAAAGCAAAUCGUUAAAAGAAGAAAAUGAUGUGUUAAGAUGUCAAAUUGAAGCUUAUAAAAAUGAGGUUGAAGUACUUAAAAUGGAUUACGAAAAAGAAAUAGAUGAAAAAGACAAGCAAUUCAAAGUGCUCCAACAAACUUUACAAGGUAUGCAACAGCAACUGAUAGACGCAAAGAAGAGACAAGGCGAGGAAGAAGCAAGAGUUAAAGACUUACAAAUAAAACUAAAAGUAGAAAAAGGACGACAACUUAAUGAUAAAGAUGUUGUUAUAAUAGAUAGUAGCGAUAACGAACAAUGUGAUUCUGUUAGUCUGGUUGAAAGUCCAAUAGAAAGUGUUCAAAAUUUUGUAGAAAGCGAUGCCAAAUUAGUAGGAAUAAUUUCUACGUUUUUAAAUGUACAUCCAUUUGGAGCUGGUUUAGAUUAUAUUUGGUCUUAUGUUAGUAAGAUUGAAGCCAAUCUCAGGCCGUCUGAAAUAGAAUCUCUAAUGAAUAGAUUUCCAUCAGUAUUUAAACAGGAAUUGGUUGGUAUAGGAGCCAAUAUUGAAAGAAGAUGGAUCUUUAUUGCUUUUAAUUCCAUAUCAACUGACAAGAAUUAA